AUGGUGUCAGUUGUACUGUUAAAGGGGAAGAAAGUCACGGAUGUCAAAACAGGGGACUUGCCAAGAUGGAUACUGAUACAGGAUUUCAUCCUUACAGGCACUGCUGGAGCAUUUCAAAGAGGUUAUUACUGGUAUUACAAGUAUGUCAAUGUGAAGAAAGCGAGCAUCUCUGGGGUUUCUAUGGUACUGACAGCUUAUGUGCUUUUCAAGGACUGCUGUCCUUACAAGGAACUCAAACAUGAGCAGCGACACAAGUACCACUGA